AUGCAUACUAGGGAAUGUGUGCCAAGCCAAAACAAUUCUUUGAAACCAUGGCCGGCAACCGAAUCAUCUGGUCAAAUUAUUGGUACUAUAUCCAAAGGAAAUAAUAUUCAGCAAGAUAUGAACUCUAUACCAGGUAACCUGGAUCAUACUUACAUAGCCACGCCUGUCAAGGACCAGAAUCUUUAUAAGCAUGAAACUAUGGUGCUUGAUUAUGGUGAUGCUGCUCCUUAUUGCGAUAAACUUAUUCUGCCGGUUACAAACUUUGAUAAAGAUGUUGUUCCCGACGAAGCUGUCGUUAACUUUCAUUUCAAUAGAAUACUGUCGAAUAAAAAUGUGUCCAGUUGCUUGAAUGCGGAUCUCGGCAAACUUUCAUGCAGGAAAAAGUGGGACUUGGUAUGUAACGCACAAAAUCGAAGGAACGUAUUGAAUCCAUCUAGAACCCCUAGCAAUAGUGAAGAUCCCGCCCAAGAAGUAAUCAGGUUUCUUAAUGAAAACCUCAAUGAUCCCAUUACAUUGCCAAAUAUAUGGUACCAGUUAGAAAAAUUGCUUAGACACAGAUACACUUGUCAGGUUUUUCUAUCUGAGGGCGGAAUAUCCAAGCUUUUGAGACAAUCAGUCUCAGUAACCAAGGAGAUGGAAUAUGUAUAUUUACGUUGCUUCAAAACUUUGAUAAAUCAAAAAAAGGGACGCUUAGAAAUUCUCCAAAAUAUUGAAGUAACUAAGAUGUUAAGUCUGUUUGUGGGCAAUUCCAAUUCUCAAGCAAGAACAAGGCUUAUCACAACUGAUAUUCUCUUGUUACUCACUUAUAUGGAUAGUGCAAAAAUAUCCCGUGAGUUAGAACCGUACUAUAGUGAAUGGUUUACUGCUUUUGAUAAUACGAUUAGCGAUGAGUCCCAAUGGCAUCAGUCCUCAUUUAUUAUUCAAAAGCCACAACAGUUGAUGAUUGAUUACUGUGUUUCUACAAUGUUUCUUGUAAACUCAAUUGUUCAAGGACUUCCCUCCUACAAUGAAAAACGGAAAACACUAGCAAUGCUAAAGUAUGCUGGUAUACACAGAAUAUUUCAAAAGAUAUCGAAUUCCAAAAAGAGGUUUGACUCAGAGAUUUUGCUUGAUCAGAUUGCGAAAUAUCGAGAUCGGGAAGUAGAUGUCGCUUCAAAAUUUACCAUAGAACAGCAUAUAGAACAGAAUAUAUCGUUCGCAAGCCAGGUAAACACCAUUUUAAACUUAGCUCAAAGUACCUCUCUAGAGCCUUCAAUGGCAAAAUUAUUCGAGUCUGUAAUAGAAAUAAUUAAAUUCAGGAAAUGUACUGAGUCGGCAAAAAUACUCGAGCUAUUGGCAUUGUUACUGAGCUAUCUCCUUGAAAAUUCCUAUUGUGAGGAUGACGAUGGCCCCGAAAAUGCACUGAAAUUGUCCUUGAAUACCUUGAUGAUCAACCUAUUAUUUAAUAAGACAGCUAUUAAGGAACUUGAUGAGAUGAAAUUAAGAAUGGAGGAAAUGAAAGAAGUAAUAUCCCAAUUGGAAACCAAAAACUUAGUACUUAGUAGUCCAACUUUCGAUAAAAAUAAUUCAAUUGGUGGUAAAGUAUCAAAAAAACUGCAUUACAUUGCAGAGUUGGAAGAGAAGUUAGAGGCCAUAGAAAAACAAAGGAAAAAUGAUGGAACAAGAUAUAAGCAUGAUUAUGUUCAUAAAGGUCACGAUGGGAAGUACUCUUUCACAAAGAAUGCCAUAUCAUUGUUUGCAGCACUAAAGAACGGGAAUGGUUUGCCACAUAGUAAUAUUGGCAGGUCAUCCAGUAUAGUCAGAAAUAAAAGGGUUUCGUUGACUGUACUUUUUUCCGAUGAUUGCAAUAGGCGUAGUUUUAGUGGGCCUGAAGGCAUGCAAAGCUCUGAGAGUGAAAACCGUGAUUUUAUCAACCUGGGACAGCCACACAAAAAGAAAGUUAAGCAAUCCAAACUAAACAAUAUUGUGUCUCCAGAUUUAUCUCCACAACUAAGUGAACCGCAUGCCCUUUUAGCACCCUCCCCAACACUUACGUUAUGUUCAAAUGUUGGUGGUAACACAGCAAAAAUACCUAAAAUAAUUGGGGCAUCAGUAGCCACUUCGACAGAGAUCCCUCUGUUGUCUAAGGAUCAGAGUUUGCUGCCACCCCCGGCACCACCUGUUCCUAAAAGCUUAAUGAACAAUGUGCUAAAACUUUCACCUCCCACAUCGGUACGCAGACCAACAACUGUAAUGGCACCUCCUGCGCCUCCAUUACCUCAAUAUUUGCUCAACCACGGCACUAUGUCGCAGAGGACUCCUAUGAGCCAGCAAGCGCGCAGUGGAACCAGCGGAUCAACAUUUUCUGCGAUUCCCCCACCACCACCACCUUUGCCUGUUUCUUUGAGUGCUGGAUCUUUGUAUGCAUCCCAAAUCCCUUCUCUAACUUCCUGCCAAAAGGUGAAAUUGAAGCAAAUUCAUUGGGAUAAGAUUGACGAUAUUUCAAAAACUGUAUGGAGUGAUGAUAAAGAGCGUGUGUCAGUGAGUAGCGAGUUAGCGAAUUUUGGUGUGUUCAAGGAAAUUGAGGAAUUAUUCAAAAUUGUUCCAGCAGCUCCGAAAGUAGGAAACACUAUGUUCACGGCUCAGAAUACUAGAAAUGGGAAAGUUACUUUGCUAUCGAAUGAUUUGGCUCAACAAUUUGGAAUUAACUUAUACAUAUUCUCCAAUUACUCCGUUGAAGAACUUGUCGAGAAGGUUUUACUGUGUGACACUGAGGUUAUGAAGAAUCAAAGUGUUAUUGAAUUCUUCAGUAAGGAUGACAUCAAUCACAUCCCGCAAAGUAUUCAGCGUAUGUUUGCUCCGUAUGAAACAAAUUAUCUUACAGGCGAUAAGCCAGAAAAGGAUUCUCGUUCUUUAGAUCGUGCUGAUAGGAUAUACCUAGAAUUAUUCUACAAUUUAAGGUCAUAUUGGGCACCUAGAGCGAAAUACCUUCUUGCUCUAUUAACUUAUGAAAAAGACUAUUACGAUAUAUUAUACAAGUUGCAAAGGAUUGAUGACGGCACUACAGCUAUAAAGACAUCAAAAAGAUUGAAGCCUUUAUUGUUCAUUAUCAUUGAAGUUGGUAAUUAUAUGAAUAAUAAGCAGGCGCUGGGUAUACAGUUAAGUUCUUUGAAUAAGUUGGCAUUCACCAAGACGAGUAAGGAUAAUAAUUUGUCGUUUAUUCACGUUAUUGAAAGUAUUGUUCGUCUGAACUACCCAGAUCUACACGGCUUUGUUAACGAUCUAGAAAAGAUUCUUGAUGUAUCCAACAUUAUUGUACAACACGUACAACAAGAAGCACAAGAAUUUUAUGAAAAGAUAAGUACGUUAGAGAGAUCUUUGAGGGUUGGUGUGCUAUCUGAUUCUUCGAAGUUUCAUCCCAAAGAUAAAUUUUUGAUAAACACAGAGAGUAAUAUCAGCCAUGCUAUGAAAAAGGCAGAUUUGCUAAAGCAGCAAUGUACUUUAACUAUGGGUGAAUUUGAUAAGCUAAUGGUAUUUUGGGGGGAGGAUCCCAAUAAUGUUUUCAGUAAGAACACAUUUUUUCAAAAAUUUCUAGAUUUUGCGUUGCUAUUUAAAAAGGCUAAUAAAGAGAACAUAGAGAGGGAGGUACGGCGUGUUUGUGAAUCAAGAAGGUAUUUAUUGGAGAAAACAGGUAACUCACAUAUCAGGGUAGAUCGUUCUGAGCGUUGUACACUGCCAUCUCUUCCUGCAGAUUCAGACGACCAACAAGCUGUUGAGAUAUUAAUAAAAAGAUUACGAAAUGUUCGCCAGCUGGAUGGUAAACUUUUUAGGGAUUCUAAAGGAGUCGAAUCAAGUCAACCUUCAAGUAGGGCAAGGCAAAAAGAAGAUGGAGAUUUACUAUUAAGAACGCGAGAGAUGUUGCUAGGUGUUAAAAAGAUUUGA